AUGAUACCUGACCACUUAUUUGAUGAGGGAAUAAACAAUUCUCUUUUAGGUAACGACAUGAGACACGUCCAACUGAAUAAAGUAAUUUAUGAAAAAUCUCAAAAGGAUUACGAACGAGAACAACGUAACCUGCUCUCGUCACAAGAUGGCGAUACUUGUGAGAUACACGAUCAAUUUUACAGGGAUCACAAAUUGCUUUUAGUGCUAUUCAGAGCUUUAGCUGUUAUGCCCAUUACUCGAUCCAGGCCUGGUACAAUAACAUUUAGUUGGAAAUCUCGAGCGACCGCUUAUGCUAUAUUUUUUUACAUAGUAACGACUGUUAUUGUUCUUAUAGUUGGUUACGAACGAAUUACGAUUCUACGUUCUAUUAAAAAAUUCGAUGACUACAUUUAUUCCAUUCUAUUUGUCGCAUUUCUGGUCCCUCACUUUUGGAUUCCUUUCGUCGGCUGGGGCGUCGCACAUCAAGUAGCCAUUUAUAAAACGAAUUGGGGAAAGUUCCAAGUGAGAUAUUAUCGGGUCACUGGCGAAAACCUUAAAUUUCCAAACUUGAAAACGAUUAUAGUCCUCAUUAGUGUUGGCUGUUUGCUUUUGGCUAUUUGCUUUCUUCUAAGUUUAUGCGCUCUACUGGAUGGGUUCCUGCUUCAACAUACUACGGCAUAUUAUCAUAUUAUAACUAUGAUAAAUAUGAACUGUGCUUUAUGGUACAUCAACUGCAAGGGAAUUAAAAUCGCAUCUCAAAGCCUUUCAGAGUGUUUCCGAAGGGACGUGCACGUUGAAUGCACGGCGAAUCUUAUAUCAAGUUACCGUUAUCUCUGGCUAAAUCUAUCAGAGCUUCUGCAAUCACUUGGAAACGCAUAUGCUCGUACCUACUCUACGUACUGCCUAUUCAUGUUUUUCAAUAUAACGAUUGCGGUGUACGGCGCGCUGUCAGAGAUUGUGGAUCACGGCUUUGGAUUCAGUUUCAAAGAGAUGGGCCUUUUUGUUGAUGCCCUUUACUGCUCUACCUUGCUGUUUAUUUUUGCUGAUUGCUCUCAUAAAUCAACGCUUAAGGUAGCAGCUGGAGUCCAAGAUACCUUACUGUCAAUAGAUGUCUUGUCAGUGGAUCGACCAACUCAAAAAGAGAUCGAUCAUUUUAUUCAAGCGAUAGAAAUGAAUCCGGCUGUUGUUAGCCUUAAGGGAUAUGCACAUGUUAAUAGAGAACUUUUAACAUCGGCCAUAAGCAUGAUUGCUAUUUAUCUCAUUGUUUUGCUACAAUUCAAGAUUUCACUACCGAAGGAUCUGUCUACGAGCGGUUAG